AUGACCGCAUCUAAUGCGAACGAAUCAAGUUGGAGUUGUUAUUGCGCAACAGAAAUUCUCCCAGGCGCUUGUUUGGGUGAUUUUUUCUCAGUCAAUUGGAUGGAUGAUUCCGACAAAGAAAAUUUACUGCAAGAAACAUUAGCUGAACAAUUCGAGAUAGUGAGGAAUAAAACAGAUAGAAGUCAUGUUUUAAGCAUUGGAAGUUUGAAUAUUACAUAUGAACAUGUCUCUGAGUUUAUGGGAUCGAAGGAAUCCAAUGAAAUGGGAGAAAAUAUGAUUAGUAAAUCCAACCCUAAGGAUUACCCCAUGUAUCCGCAGACGGAUAUUCCCCUAUUUUUGCUGUCUCAAAAAUUGAAAGGUAAUGUGAACGGUGAUAUCAUGGCUUUAAAUGCUUUACAAACCUUAGAAAAGGUGUUGUUAUAUUUUACAAUUAUUUUUACUAAGUUUAAAAAUUGUAACAAGUUUAUUUAUUUUAAAUAUUAA